AGAGAGAGAGAGAGAGAAGCGAAGAAGAGCAAAACCCUCCAGAUUUCCUCCUCAUCGAUUUCGGAGUGUAGAAACAAUAUAAUCAAAAUGGAGGGGAAGGAAAAGCUGGGCAAAGAUCUGGAGAAUGGUUCUGAUGCCAAAGAGGAACCUACUGGGCCCAAGCCACCUCAAGCAGAAACCGAUGCCGGCAGGAAUCCGGGUGAUGACCAAAUUAUGAGGGACACGUUUGAGGAUCACAUGGCUAUUGAUGAGCUGAAGGAUGGUGAUGUCAAAGAUAAUGACCCAAUGCUUACUGAGGUGAGUGUAGGAAGAAAGGCCAAUGGCAGUAGUGCCAGAGUCGCAAACAAACUCAAAACUGUUGAUAAGCUUGUGGGGGAGUCGAAGAGUUGGUUGUCUGAUUCCGAGGGUGAAGAUUCGGAGGAUGGGACACCAUUGCAGCAGGCAGCGUUUAUGAGGGAGCUCGAGAGUUUCCAUAAGGAGAGGUCCUUGGAAUUUAAGGCCCCAAAGUUUUAUGGAGAACCACUUAAUUGCCUCAAGUUAUGGAGAGCUGUUAUUAAAGCUGGUGGUUAUGAUGUGGUGACAACAUCAAAGUUAUGGCGGCAAGUAGGAGAGUCCUUUCAUCCCCCCAAGACAUGCACAACUGUAUCUUGGACAUUCCGCAUAUUUUAUGAGAAGGCACUUUUGGAAUAUGAAAAGCAUAAGAGGAAAACUGGGGAAAUUCAGACAGCCAUUGCAUCACUCACUCAGUGUACAACUCCUGUGAAGGAGGCAAGUAGUCAUCAAGCACCUGGAUCAGGUAGGGCACGGAGAGAUGCUGCAGCGCGUGCUAUGCAGGGUUGGCAUGCGCAGCGUCUUGUUGGAUAUGGUGAGAUUGCUGAGCCAAUUGUUAAGGACAAGAACUUGAGUACUACCCCAAAGCGUGAAAAGAAUCUUAAAAGCAUUGGUUCUAUUAAACACAAAACACCAACUUUCUUGGAUCAUGCUGAGAAAACUGCAUUCGUUGAGGCAGAUAAGCAGGUAGUCACAAAUAUUGUGGAUCUUGGACCUCCAGCUGAUUGGGUGAAGAUCAGUGUGCGAGAAACUAAAGAUUGCUUUGAGGUAUAUGCUUUGGUACCAGGUCUUCUGCGUGAGGAGGUGCGAGUACAAUCAGAUCCUGCUGGACGUCUGGUUAUAACAGGUCAGCCAGAGCAUCCUGAUAAUCCUUGGGGCAUUACACCAUUUAAAAAGGUUGUGAGCUUACCUGGAAGGAUUGAUCCAAUACAGACAUCAGCUGUGGUUAGCCUACAUGGCCGGUUAGUCGUGCGUGUUCCAUUUGAACAGGGAUCAUUUUGAAAAGGGAUCGUGUUGGAAAAUUCCUCUCAUGAGUCUAUUGAUCUAUUUUUGAAGGAUAGGAAUGACAAAUUUUUCCUUUUAGGAGAAAUUUAGGAUGUAAGUUAAUAGUUAGCCGAGCUAAUGUAACAACGCAUGAUCAGUAAUUAAUUUAACAUAAUGUACUAACUUCAAUGCAAGUUAUGGCUAUUUUAGCCCAUGCUGUGCCGUAUCUAAUUAGAUUCAAUUUGUGCAUGAUGGGAAAAAUUUUGUUUCUGGUUUUAACAGUUGAAAUUAUGGUUCAUCAUUU